AUGCCCGAGCUUACAAUUGGGAGGGUUACCCCGCGCGUAGGCGUCACGUCGAACUUGACUCUGAAGAUUCAUCUUAACCGCACCAACUCAUUCAUUUCAACUUCCAUUACACUUGUUAAACAAAAGCUUAUUGAUAUGGCAGACUCAAAGCCACAGGGCGAGGGCGUGAAAAGGGCAAGGGUAGAGGAUAUCUCCUCAGGUGAAUUGCAGUUGACGGAGGAAGAGCGUCGUCUCGAUCGAGAGACCCUCGUACGAUUGGACUUGCUGCUCAUGCCUUUGACUCUAAUUCUAUAUCUUCUGGCAUGGCUAGACCGAGCAAACGUAGGAAAUGCCCGCAUUGCUGGGCUCGAUAGAGACCUCAAUCUCUCCGACCAUCAAUACAAAGUUGCUAUUACGGUCACCUACGUCCCCUAUAUUCUAGCCGAACUCCCAUCCAACCUCAUCCUCAAAAAGAUCGGACCGCGCAUUCUUCUCCCUACGCUUUGCACAAUCUGGGGCACGGUCACUAUCCUACAAUCUCAGGCCAGCAGCUUUGGCGGUUUCGUCGCAUGCCGGUUCUUUCUCGGCCUGUUCGAAGGUGGUCUCUUCCCAGGCAUCGUCCUCUAUCUCUCUGGCUUCUACCGCCGGCACGAGCUCCAGGUGCGCAUCGCGCUUUUCUUCUCGGCCGCCUCACUCAGCGGAGCAUUUUCAGGCCUACUUGCGGCAGCAAUAGAACAAAUGGAUGGUCUACGCGGCCUCCGCGGUUGGCAAUGGAUCUUCAUUCUGGAAGGAGUUUUUACCGUCUGCUUCGGCCUUUGUUCUUUCGUCAUCUUCCCUAAUUCUCCCGCUAACGUCCUCACUUUUAAAUCCUGCCACAUCGACCGCUGUUCCGCCCGCCUUCGAGCGGACGGAAACGCCCACGACGACGAGCAAGUUUCUGCCCGCGCCGUUUUUUCCGUCCUCAAAGACCUUCAUGUCUGGUGUCUCUGCGCUGUUCUUUUCUGCAACGGUGUCUGCCUCUUCGGCCUGGCGUACUUUUCACCUUCGAUUGUCCAAACCAUGGGCUACAAUAACACCACUACCCAGCUCCUCACCGUCCCACCCUACGCCUGUGGCUUUGUUAUUACCAUGGCCGUAGCAUACCUGGCUGAUCGCUUCCAGCAACGUGGCCUCAGUGCUCUUGGCUCUUGUGGUAUUGCAAUGAUCGGUGCAAUCCUCAUGCUCCUCGGUCGCAGUGUCGCAGUUCGCUACGCUGCGCUCGUCGUUUUUGUAACAGGAAUAUAUAGCUGCGCACCGUGCCUAAUCAGCUGGGUCCCGAAUAAUAGUGCGGGCUAUAGUCGACGAGCCACUGCCGUCGCUAUGGGGUUCAUUUCCACUAGUUCGGGCGGCAUACUAAGCACAUGGAUUUAUCCCAAAGCCGAUGCGCCGUAUUAUCAGCUCGGCGCGAAGGUCAAUCUAUCCUUGUCCGCUAUUGGGAUGGGGCUGGCUACUGUGCAAAUUGGGUUGCUAGUGCUUUUAAACCGGCGGAAGAAGGUGACAAGGACGGAAAUUCUAGAUGGGCUUGAGGGACAUACUCUCGAGGACCAGAAGGCUUUGUUAGGUGAUCGGCAUCCGGAUUACCGUUACACUUAUUAG